AUGAGUUCACCUCUUCGCGACAACCCCUCCUCUGCCAAUCGGGGAAUACAGGCACGAGGGAACCGAAAGCGCUCAAGGACUGCCGAUGGCGAUGCUUCCUCAGUUGGGCUAGGGUCCAGCCCCAUGCCCUCGUCACCACCAGCCGAGUUCAACAUUGCCCAUGGAGGUGAUGAUAACGAUGAUGAUGAUCUUGACGAAGAGCGCGAGAUUCAAGAUGACAUUGAUGACAUUGACGAAAUGGCCGACGAUGAUGUCGACCUGUUCCGUGAAGGCUUCGAGGCUGACUACAAUGACCGAGAAGGCGACAGAUAUGAGGACAUCGACCUCGAUGAUGAUGGAGACUUUGCAGAGAUGGACCCAGCCGCCAGACGACAGCUUGAGGCUCAGCUCAACAGGAGAGAUCGAGAAGUAGCUCGACGACAAAGAAUUCCUGCUGCAUUCCUCCCGGGUGAGGAUGAUGAUGGAGAGAUCGAUCUAACGGCUCAGCCCCGCCGACGCCGCCACCACUACGAUGAGGACCCAGAUGACCUCAUGGAUGCUGAUAUCAUGGAAGAGGAGCUGUCCCUUGAGGCCCUUGGCGAUGUAAAGGCCUCCAACCUCACAGAAUGGGUAUCCCAACAAUCAGUCCAGCGAACAAUCAAGAGAGAGUUCCGAGCGUUCCUCACAUCCUACACUGAUGCCUCUGGCUCGUCCGUCUACGGAAACCGCAUCCGUAGUCUGGGUGAAAUCAACGCCGAGUCUUUGGAAGUUUCCUACGAGCACCUGUCAGAAAGCAAGGCAAUUCUUGCCUACUUUUUAGCGAACGCUCCUUCCGAGAUGAUCAAGCUCUUUGAUCAGGUUGCUAUGGAUGUCGUUCUUCUGCACUAUCCCGACUACGAACGCAUCCACUCCGAGAUCCAUGUGCGCAUCUUUGAUCUGCCAGUUCAUUACACCCUGCGCCAGCUCCGCCAGUCCCACCUCAACUGCUUGGUCCGUGUGAGCGGAGUCGUCACACGCCGUUCAGGUGUCUUCCCCCAGCUCAAAUACGUCAAGUUUGACUGUGGCAAGUGCGGUAUCACUCUCGGGCCUUUCCAACAAGAGUCGAAUGUGGAGGUGAAGAUCACAUACUGCCAGAGCUGUCAGUCUCGUGGGCCCUUCACUCUCAACUCGGAGAAGACUGUCUACCGUAACUACCAGAAGCUUACCCUUCAAGAAUCCCCUGGCACUGUGCCUGCUGGUCGUCUCCCUCGCCACAGAGAUGUUAUCCUCCUGUGGGAUCUUAUCGACAAGGCCAAGCCUGGAGAGGAAAUUGAAGUGACCGGUAUCUACCGAAACAACUACGAUGCUCAACUCAACAACCGCAAUGGAUUCCCUGUCUUUGCAACAAUUUUGGAAGCCAACAACGUCGUGAAGUCCCAUGACCAGCUGGCUGGUUUCAGGCUGACCGAGGAAGACGAGCAUGAGAUCCGCAAGCUCUCUCGUGAUCCCAACGUUAUUGAGAAGGUGAUCAAUUCAAUUGCACCUAGCAUCUACGGCCACACAGACAUCAAAACGGCUGUUGCGCUGUCUCUUUUCGGUGGUGUGGCCAAGACAACCAGGGGUUCCCAUCAUGUCCGUGGAGAUAUCAAUGUUCUUCUACUUGGUGAUCCUGGAACUGCCAAGUCUCAGGUGCUUAAAUAUGUCGAAAAGACUGCCCACAGAGCCGUUUUUGCAACUGGUCAAGGUGCCAGUGCGGUCGGUCUGACGGCUAGUGUCCGUCGAGACCCUCUGACAAGCGAAUGGACUCUGGAGGGAGGUGCUCUGGUCCUUGCGGAUCAGGGAACUUGUCUCAUUGACGAAUUCGACAAGAUGAAUGAUCAGGAUCGAACUUCGAUUCACGAAGCCAUGGAACAACAGACCAUUUCUAUUUCCAAGGCUGGUAUUGUUACUACUCUCCAGGCCCGCUGCGGCAUCAUCGCAGCAGCCAACCCUAUUGGAGGUCGAUACAACUCGACUGCACCCUUCUCCGCCAACGUGGAACUUACAGAGCCCAUUUUGUCUCGUUUCGACAUUCUGUGUGUCGUGCGAGACACGGUCGAGCCAGCUGAGGACGAACGUCUUGCUCGCUUCAUCGUCGGAUCCCACAGCCGUAGCCAUCCCGAGUCUCAGUCCAAGAUGACCCAGGACUCGAUGGAAGUUGAGCAUGACUCGGAGCAAGCAGAGACUCAGGGGACAAACGGGGCGGCAGCACGCAACAAGGAGGGUGAGAUCCCGCAACAACUUCUGAGAAAGUACAUCCUGUAUGCCAGAGAGCGAUGCCACCCUAAGCUGUACCACCUGGAUGAGGACAAGAUCGCACGCCUUUUCUCUGACAUGAGAAGAGAGUCCCUGGCGACGGGCGCCUACCCCAUUACCGUGCGUCACUUGGAAGCCAUCAUCCGUAUUAGCGAGUCCUUCUGCAAAAUGAGACUAUCGGAGUACUGCUCGGCCCAAGACAUCGACCGAGCGAUCGCCGUCACGGUGGACAGCUUCGUCGGCAGCCAGAAGCUGAGCUGCAAGAAGGCGCUUGCUCGGGCAUUUGCCAAGUACACACUAAGCAGGCCCGGCAAGGGAGCAAACAGCCAAAGCCAGCGAUAG